AUGACAAUCGAGGAGACAAAGAAUACUGGCUCUGACGCUGGGAACUACGAGUCGAAGGCUAAGCCGAGAGUCUCGUCUGCAAGUGAUACUGGGUCGACGACGUCCUCAGAAGGCCGUCAAGGCGUGGUAAAAUCUUAUGACUGCGCUUUUGAUGCGACCGAGGAUCCGCGGUAUUACAAGCCCAUUCCCGAAUAUGAGGGCGCUCAUCGGUGGGAUCCGGAUUUCGAAUGGACGGAGGCAGAAGAGAAGGCUGUUGUGAGAAAGAUUGAUUGGCGCGUCUGUACAUUUGCCUGUGUCACCUUCUUUGCGUUGCAGCUGGACCGAGGAAAUGUCGUCCAAGCCACCUCCGACAACAUGCUAGAUGACCUGGGAAUGAACACCAACGAUUACAACACCGGCCAGACUAUCUUCCUCGUUGUUUUCCUCUUCGCUGAAUUGCCAUCGCAAUUGCUGUCCAAGUGGAUUGGACCUGAUCGCUGGAUUCCCAUCCAGAUGGUAUCAUGGAGUUUGAUCGCCGCGUUCCAGGCUUUUGUGAAGAACCGGUCACAAUAUUUCGUGACCAGAGCACUGCUGGGUCUUCUCGAGGGUGGAUUUAUCCCCGAUACGAUUCUCUUCCUUUCAUUUUGGUACAAAUCCAAGGAACUCCCCAUCCGCCUGAGUUAUUUCUGGGUCGCGUACCAAGGUACCGCAAUUGUGAGUGCAUUCCUCGCUUUUGGAUUCUUGCACAUCCGCGGCGACGAUGGUAAAGGAGGCUGGCGAUACCUCUUCGCUUUUGAGGGCCUGAUCACUGGAAUCAUCGGUAUCAUCGCCGCCUUCUGGAUGCCCCCCUCGCCUACCCAGACAGCUGGUCUAUUCCGUGGCAAGGAAGGGUGGUUCAACGAACACGAGGAAAAGAUCAUGGUCAACCGUAUUCUGCGUGAUGAUCCCAGCAAGGGAGGCAUGCACAAUCGUCAGGCCGUCACACCUCGCAUGCUCUGGCACGCUUUGAAGGACUACGAUAUGUGGGUGAUCUACCUUCUGGGAUUGACCUGGAUGAUUCCCAACACCCCCGCGACGACCUAUCUGAGUCUAGAGCUCAAGUCUCUUGGUUUCAGCACAUUCCACACCAACCUGCUCAGUAUUCCAUCAUAUGUCAUCUUCAUUCUGAACUUGUUGCUAUGGACCUGGAUCUCUGAGAGGUACAACAAGCGGCUGAUUCUGGGCGUGGGUUCAAUGAUCUGGUGUUUGAUUCUUCUUAUUGCGCUUGAAGUCCUUCCUGCUGAUGCUAGUACCUGGGCCCGCUGGAUCCUGGUCACUCUGCUUGUGGGUGCUCCUUAUGUUCAUGCUAUCAUCGUGGCAAUUACAUCUCGCAAUGCGGGAACGGUUCGCACUCGGACUGUUGCGACUGCGCUGUAUAAUAUGAUGGUGCAAGUCAGCAACAUCAUUGGUAACAAUAUUUACCGAGAUGAUGACAAACCCUUGUACCGCACCGGCAACAAGGUUCUUAUUGCACUUGCAGCAUGGAGUUUGCUGAUGUUUAUCGUCGCUCACUAUUACUAUGUAUGGCGCAACAAGAGAAACGCUGCUGUUUGGGACAAAAUGAACAGCGAAGAGCGAGAGCGAUACGUGGCCGAGAAUGCCCACCUUGGCAACAAGAGAGUUGAUUUCCGCUUCUUAUAUUAG